AUGACAGUAACCCUUACAAAUGAGUGCCCUAGAGCAUGCAAUAAUGAUCCAGUUCACUUCGAUAUAAGUGGAAUUGCCUUUAGAAAAUUGGCAAAGUUUGGUGAAGCUUCACAAAUAUAUAAUGCAGGAAGAAUUUUGAUUUUUCACCAAAGGGUAGCAUGUAACUACAACACAAAUAUCUUAUUUAAGGUGGACAAAGGCUUCAAUCCUAAUUUCUACGCAGAUACAUCUGAAGUUGUAGAUGGAGAUGGUGACCUUUCAUUAGUUAAAAUCCAAACAAGCAAUUUGAGUUGGGUACUAAUGCAGCGAAUGACUGGGGCAACUUGGAAUGUUGGAACACAACCAGAUACACAGAAACCUCCCUUUACUUCAGAAACAAAGCAGAGUGUCACCGCUCUGAAUGUCAUUCCAGACGGUUGGCAACCAAGAUCAAUUUACAAAUCAAAUGUCAACUUUCCCAAUAACCUGUAG